UGUGUCGUCACUUCCGCUGGCGCCAGAAAUGUCUCGAGCCCUUCUGGUGCCUUUCUUCCUCGGGAAGUGGGAGAAGCAGUAGGAGCCUGAUUCCCUCCUGUCGCUUGGGACAGAACACUCCCGCAGAGGCAAAGGGGGCGCCAGCGGCGAGACAGAGCUCCUGUUCUCCCCGACGCCGCAUUGGUACAGUCCAGCAAUGGUCCGUAAUGGCAAAAAUGGGGGUCUCCAUCUGAAGCAGAUCUCAUAUUACAAACAAACAGGUGGAUAUCAUCCCACAACAUUAGCAAGUGAAAGGAGUGGAAUAAGGAGAGCUGCCAAAAAGUUUGUCUUCAAAGAUAAUAAGCUAUUCUAUGUGGGAAAAGAUAAGAGGCAAAUGCGCUUGGUAAUUCUUUCCAAUGAAGAAAAGCGAAAUAUUUUAGAAAAUUGUCAUGAAAAACAUGAAGGUGGACAUCAUGGCAUAUCAAGGACACUGACCCUGGUGGAAUCUCAAUAUUAUUGGACCUCCAUAACCAGCGAUGUUAAACAGUGGGUAUCUGCUUGUCAACACUGCCUGUUAGCAAGGAAUACACCUAUUGCAGUCUCCAAAUUUCACACUGUUAAGUCAGAGGAUCCUUGGACUGUACUUAUUGUAGACCUAUUGGGGCCUUUUAAAGCCACCAGUAAAAAUAAUAUGUAUGUCAUCCUUCUGACAGAUGUCUUCACUAAGUGGGCUGUGGCUUUACCACUGCUUGAGCUUUCAUCAGCUGAAGUGGCCAAAGCAAUUGUCAGUGUAUCAUUGUGUUAUGGCCCACCUCAGAAGAUUGCUAUAGAUCAGAGAGAAGGGUUUGUUCAACAGAUCAACUGUGAGCUGCUUGACCACCUUGGGACAAAGGAAUUAUUAAUACCGUAUCCUCAAACUGGCUGUAAAAAUGAAAUUGGCAAGACUAUCAGAUCUUUCCUUCUGAGAUACUGUGCAGAGAACAGCAAAGACUGGGAUGACCACUUGCAAGCUAUUGCUUAUGCAUUCAACUUGAUUCCUUCAGAAGAUAACCAGAGCACACCAUAUUUUGAAAUGUUUAAACGGAAUCCAUGUAUGCCUUUCAGUGAGAUUCAGGAAGGAAGGAAGGACUGUAUCUUUGGCAGAAUUGUUACUGCUAUAAAACAAGUCAAGAAAACAGUGCAGGAAAUUACAGCUACUAAUUGCCUGGAUCUGAAGAAAAUACAUAUAGAAGAUCAGAAUGUGAACAAGGGCUCUGUUAGGAAGAAGCCAAAGCAUCUAAAACCACCUCUUCUUAAAGUGGGUCAUGAAGUUUUUCGACAAAGGAAAAACUGGUGGAAAGAUGGCCGUUUUCAGUCUAAAUGGGUUGGCCCUUGUAUUAUAGACUACAUCACGGACAAUGGCUGUGCAAUAUUAAGAGAUGCUGCAGGCUCAAAGUUGAAAAGACCUAUUAAAAUAUCUCACCUGAAACCUUAUGUAAGAGGAUCAUACAAACAAGAUAACUGUCCAGUUUGGCCAAGUGCAGUAGCAGCCGACCAUGACUAUGCUGGUUCAGCUGAAACAGCCAUAGAGCAGAGCUCCAAAGUUGUAUGCUCUCCCAAAGGAUUUCCUCCUCUUGUUCCUGCUGAUGCCUUGCUGGACAAGGACCUUGUAUUAUCAGAAUGUGAACAUGAUGCACAGCCAGAAUGUACAAAACCAGAUUCCAUCGAACCAGCUAUUGUGAACACAGACCAUUGGUCUGCAACUUACUGGACUCUCCAAAAUAAGUCUAGGACUACUUGAAUUAAGUACAGUAUGAUUUGAUUUCCGUACAAAAUACUUCAACAUACUCUUUGUUACAUUUGCCAAGAACUAAAUGUUGGAUACUUCUGGAUUUGCCUAGAUGACUCCCCAUAAAAGCUAUGUUUACAUGUGGUGUAGCUUCCUUCCCCUCUCUCCCUUCAGAUCAGCCAAGAGACUUAGUGUUCACAAUUUCAUUUUUGCUAACACUGGACGAGUUAUUUCCAGUUAUAUUUCAACCAGAUUAAUGGUCCCAUUGUUAACUAUUUUUAACAACAAAAAGCAAUUAUUAAUGAUUCUGGCUCAAAGCCAGUUUCAGGAAAAUGUCUCUUCCCCCAUUCCCCCUUUUCUAGUUGAGGACCUCAUUCCCUCAGUAAUAAUUUCAAUAUGAAAAUACCUAAACUAUACAACUUUGACACCUAAAAGUAAAAUAAAUCAAGUUCCUGUUAACAGCUCAAGCAUUUGCCAUUAAAAGAAUAUGCAAAACUUCACCAACUUCUGUAAUUUAUAUUUCAAUUGUCUUUAGACCAAUCUGUUGUUUAUUGUGUGGGUUCUGCCACCUGGUGGAGUAUUUAAAAAACUCCAGAGGAUGCAAUGAAAGACAUGUGUUCAAAUAAUAGUCUGGUUUAUAUUAAGUCCUAAAUAUAAGUGGCAAAUCCUUUCAAGCUACACUUUGUCCAGUUGGUUGGUGUUGCAUGUUUAUUUCUUCCGCCAUACAAAAAAUACAUUUUUACACAUAAAAAGUAAAUGAAAAUAGAAAAGUUCUGGCCAGUUGUUCCACAUAAUGUUAUUUCCCUCCUUGAGUUGGGUACAGAUGUGUAUUCAGUGAUGAGCAUAUAACAAGGCUGCAACACUGCAAGUAGUUUGUCCUUCUCUGGGAUGCCUUACAGGUUUCAUCCCUCUGUGUUAGAGGAGAGAAUUACAUGGACAAAGGUAACUGUUGCAUGAAUUCUAAUAAUCCAUGUGUAGAGUUGGAAAAUUUUCUAAGGAAAAUUUAUUUUGCUCAGAAAUAAAUUAUAUUUUGACAGUAUCUUAAAAAUACUUUCUUUGCUAAAUAACAAUACAUAACUGAAAGCCAGAAUUGUGUAGUAGUUUGAGAGUUGGGCUAGGAUUCUGUUUGGCCAUGGAAACGUGGUGAUGUUGGGCAAGUCAUAUUCUUUCAGCCUCAAACAAAAGCAAUUGGAAACCUCUUCUGAAUAAGUCUUGACAAGAAAAUCCCACAAUAGGAAGCCAGACUUGGCCUUGGCAGUCCACGUGUUGGUUGCAUUUAGAAUAGACUACUGCAAGAACUGUUUUUGUGAUUGCCUUUGAAGACUGUUCAGAAGCUUCAAAUUGUUCAGCGGGUGACAGCCAGACUGCUCACUAGAGUGGUGUACAGAGGGAGGACAUCCCUCUUGAUGCGUCAGAUCCAUUGGCUGCCAGUCUUCUACUGAGCACAAUUCAACGUGCUUAUAAAGCGAUAAACGAUUCCAGCCCAGCUUACCUGCCUGAAAGUAUCUCCCUCUAUGGUAUACCUCGGAGGUUAAGAUCAUCAGGGGAGGCCCUGCUCUCAGUCCUACCCCCCUCAGAAGCACGAUUGGUGUGGACAAGAGACAGGGCCUUCUCAGUGGUGGUCCCUUGUCUAUGAAACUCCCCCCCCCAGUGAAAUUAGAUUGUCCCCCUCCCUCCUGACCUUCAGAAAAAACUAAAAACUUGGCUUUGGGGUCAUGCUUUUGAUCAAUAAUGGGAGCAAGGUAAUAAGAGAUUAUAAAUUAAUUUUAAUGAUGACCUGGACUGGCCUUGGAAUAUGACCUGGACUAUGUGGUUUUAAUUGUUGUUUUAAUGUUAUGUUUUAAUUGGAUGGUUUUAAUGUUUUGUUUAUCCAUUGAUAUAUGUAAAAAUGCGGCAUUGAAUUCUUGCUUUUGUAAAGCUGCCUUGAGUCCCAUUCGGGGUUGAGAAAGGCGGGUAACAAGUAUGGUAAAUAAAUAAAUAAAUAA